ACGCCCUAAGUAGAGUGUUUAUCGGAUCACCCUCAGACUGGGUCAAAUUCUCCUCUUCUCGGCCACGCCCUACCUCAACAUUCACCAUCUUAAUCUGAGCAGACUGCAAGUUUGUCUCUCCCACCAAGAUGUGAUCGCCUGACCAGCGGUCAGCUCCAAACGUAUCUUCUGAGUUGAAGUAAAAGCUCUUCCUGGGAUGGGCAGUGCAUUUCUUUAAGGAGCGGUUCCCUUCUCGCCCAGGAAAUACAACUGCCUCGCAUCUAUCAAGAGUUGACGCUGGGAUAAGAAAGUGAUAUAUCAGGAGGAACAAGGAGAUUCUCUAAAUUCCCAGGCCCAAUAACGCGCGACCAGACAACGAGACAGCCAGGAAGACUACUGUAAUGGACCGAGCUGGGAAAGUUACUGACACCGGAAGUCACGUGGUGCGGUUUCGCCUGAACUCGCUCUGUCGGCAAUCGACUCUUCGGCCUUGCAGGCGCCUCUGGCGGGCUUCGCAGAGAUCAGCUCUUUCGGUGCUCGACUCGCCCGUGCUGCUGCCGUCGCCGAAGGAGGGGCAAAGCUCAAGAUGGCGGACAAAACGCCAGGCGGAUCUCAGAAGGCCAGUUCAAAGACGAGAUCAUCAGAUGUUCAUUCAUCUGGAUCUUCAGAUGCACAUAUGGACGCAUCUGGACCCUCAGAUAGUGAUAUGCCAAGUCGGACACGGCCUAAGAGCCCAAGAAAACAUAGGAAUGAAAGUGCCCGUGAAAGCCUUUGUGAUUCUCCCCAUCAGAAUCUCUCAAAACCUCUUCUAGAAAACAAACUUAAAGCAUUCAGUAUUGGAAAAAUGAGUACAGCUAAGCGAACUUUAAGUAAGAAGGAACAGGAAGAAUUAAAGAAAAAGGAGGAUGAAAAGGCAGCUGCCGAGAUUUAUGAGGAAUUUCUUGCUGCUUUUGAAGGAAGUGAUGGUAAUAAAGUUAAAACCUUUGUGCGAGGAGGUGUCGUUAAUGCAGCUAAAGAAGAGCAUGAAACAGAUGAAAAAAGAGGUAAAAUCUAUAAACCAUCUUCAAGAUUUGCAGAUCAAAAAAAUCCUCCAAAUCAGUCUUCCAAUGAAAGACCACCAUCUCUUCUUGUGAUAGAAACCAAAAAACCUCCACUGAAGAAAGGGGAGAAAGAAAAGAAAAAAAGCAAUUUGGAACUCUUCAAGGAAGAAUUAAAACAAAUUCAAGAAGAGCGUGAUGAGAGACAUAAAACAAAAGGCAGGUUAAGUCGAUUUGAGCCUCCUCAGUCAGAUUCUGAUGGUCAGCGUCGUUCUAUGGACGCGCCUUCAAGAAGAAAUAGAUCAUCUGUUCUUGAUGAUUAUGCACCUGGCUCACAUGAUGUAGGAGAUCCAAGCACUACUAAUUUAUACCUUGGAAACAUUAAUCCACAGAUGAAUGAAGAAAUGCUGUGCCAAGAAUUUGGAAGAUUUGGACCAUUAGCCAGUGUGAAAAUUAUGUGGCCUAGAACUGAUGAAGAAAGAGCAAGAGAGAGAAAUUGUGGCUUUGUGGCCUUUAUGAAUAGAAGAGAUGCUGAAAGAGCUUUAAAAAAUUUAAAUGGAAAAAUGAUUAUGUCUUUUGAAAUGAAGUUAGGUUGGGGUAAAGCUGUACCUAUUCCUCCACAUCCAAUAUAUAUUCCGCCUUCUAUGAUGGAACAUACACUUCCCCCGCCUCCAUCCGGACUGCCUUUUAAUGCGCAGCCUAGAGAGCGGUUAAAAAACCCCAAUGCUCCCAUGUUACCGCCACCUAAAAACAAGGAGGAUUUUGAGAAGACUCUGUCGCAAGCCAUAGUCAAAGUGGUUAUCCCAACAGAAAGGAAUUUGCUCGCCCUGAUACAUCGAAUGAUAGAGUUUGUUGUACGUGAAGGGCCAAUGUUUGAAGCUAUGAUUAUGAACAGAGAAAUCAACAAUCCUAUGUUCAGGUUCCUAUUUGAAAACCAGACACCAGCCCAUGUUUACUAUAGGUGGAAGCUUUAUUCUAUUCUGCAGGGAGAUUCUCCAACUAAGUGGCGGACAGAAGAUUUUCGUAUGUUCAAAAAUGGAUCUUUUUGGAGGCCACCACCAUUAAAUCCAUACCUGCAUGGGAUGUCAGAAGAACAAGAAACCGAAGCUUUUGUAGAGGAGCCUAGUAAAAAGGGAGCGCUUAAGGAAGAACAGAGGGAUAAAUUAGAAGAAAUCUUGCGGGGAUUAACUCCAAGGAAAAAUGACAUUGGGGAUGCAAUGGUUUUCUGUCUUAAUAAUGCUGAAGCUGCUGAAGAAAUAGUGGACUGCAUUACUGAGUCACUGUCCAUCUUGAAGACACCCCUUCCUAAAAAGAUUGCCAGAUUAUAUUUGGUUUCUGAUGUUUUAUACAACUCUUCAGCCAAAGUUGCCAAUGCUUCAUAUUAUAGAAAAUUUUUUGAAACAAAGUUAUGUCAGAUAUCUUCGGACCUCAAUGCUACCUAUCGUACAAUUCAAGGCCAUUUACAAUCUGAAAACUUUAAGCAACGGGUAAUGACCUGCUUCAGAGCAUGGGAAGAUUGGGCAAUUUAUCCAGAACCAUUUUUGAUCAAACUACAAAAUAUUUUCUUAGGACUUGUAAAUAUUAUUGAAGAAAAAGAAACAGAGGAUGUGCCGGAUGACCUUGAUGGUGCCCCUAUUGAGGAAGAGCUUGAUGGUGCACCUCUAGAAGAUGUGGAUGGAAUUCCUAUUGAUGCUACUCCCAUCGAUGAUCUUGAUGGAGUCCCUAUAAAAAGUCUUGAUGAUGAUCUUGAUGGAGUGCCUUUGGAUGCAACUGAAGACUCAAAGAAGAAUGAGCCUAUAUUUAAAGUUGCCCCGUCAAAAUGGGAAGCUGUAGAUGAAUCUGAAUUGGAAGCACAAGCUGUAACAACUUCUAAAUGGGAGUUAUUUGACCAGCAUGAAGAAUCAGAAGAAGAAGAAAAUCAAAAUCAAGAAGAAGAAAGUGAAGAUGAAGAAGAUACUCAAAGUUCCAAGUCUGAAGAACAUCAUCUGUACUCUAAUCCAAUCAAAGAAGAAAUGACUGAGUCCAAGUUCUCUAAGUACUCUGAAAUGAGUGAGGAAAAACGAGCUAAACUUCGUGAAAUUGAGCUCAAAGUUAUGAAGUUUCAGGAUGAAUUGGAAUCUGGAAAAAGACCUAAAAAACCAGGCCAGAGUUUUCAGGAACAAGUAGAACACUACAGAGAUAAACUUCUUCAACGAGAGAAAGAAAAAGAAUUAGAAAGAGAACGAGAAAGAGACAAGAAGGAUAAAGAAAAAUUGGAAUCUCGAUCCAAAGACAAGAAGGAAAAAGAUGAGUGUACUCCAACAAGGAAAGAAAGGAAAAGGCGACACAGUACAUCCCCCAGCCCAUCUCGCAGUAGCAGUGGUAGACGAGUGAAAUCCCCGUCACCAAAAUCGGAGCGAUCAGAGCGUUCAGAAAGAUCUCAUAAAGAAAGCUCACGGUCCAGGUCAUCUCACAAAGAUUCUCCUAGAGAUGUUAGCAAAAAAGCCAAAAGAUCUCCAUCUGGUUCAAGGACACCUAAAAGAUCUAGAAGGUCACGGUCUAGAUCCCCUAAAAAAUCAGGGAAGAAAUCCAGAUCUCAGUCCCGAUCUCCACACAGGUCUCAUAAAAAAUCAAAGAAAAACAAACACUGACAUAAAUUUUUAAGAUUCUGUCAUUUAUUGGAAAUGCAAUUUUGUUUCGUGCCUGAACGGUCUGUUUUUUAAAAACAAAAAAACAAAAAUCAAAUGAAAGGCAUUCCUGGGGUUUUUUGUUUGUUUGUUUGUGAAUGCAUGUGUAAACUCAUGAGUAACAGCAUCUGUAGAUCUGUCAUUGUUUUAUAUUGUGUAAAUUACUUUUGUUGUGGCUGUUUCUCAAGAUGAAAUUUUUAUUGUGCUAAUGAAUUUCAUCAGAAAUGUGUAUAAUGGAUCUGCUGGCAGUAGUAGUAUUUUGUUUUAGGAUGUUGUGACUUAGGAAAAAUAAUACAGAUGUCUUCCCCCCUUUUGUAGCUUUGACCAUUUGAAUUAGAUUUCAAAUAAAAUCUGAACAGAAAACUAUAAUGUUGUUUUUUUGCCCCAUUGGUGAUAUCAAGUCCCUUAUGGUCCUACUAAGUUGAGUUUGGCACUGCUGUUGUGUUUCUUAUACCUAAUGCACUUUAUAAGCGCUCAUGUUCAAGUAGCUAAAGUUUUAUAUUUGCUGAGAUGAAUAUCCAAAUUAAGGGACCUGAGACUCCUACUUGGUAGGUUUACUAACCAAUUUCUUCAGUAAGGUUCUCUUGGAUAAUACUGAAUACCCAGAGAUCAAAAAACUAGGUGGAUAUGGUAUGGUGUUUUGUUAAUGGAAUGCCUGGCUAAAACAUUUUUUCUUUUUUCUGAGAAGUGAUAUGAUUUCAAUAUGCCCAACCCAUGUUCUGAGCAACUACUUAUUUUUAAGAGAAAAUUAAAUCUCCAUCUUUUGAGUUCAUCUUUUAUCAUGAAAGUUUAUUUAUAAAAGAAAUUUUCUAAUAAGGUUUGGCCAUAAAAUUCCUUUGUAUGAUAGUUGCCCUUUUAUAUAAAGUCUGCUGGCAGUAGGCUAUCUUUCAAACACUGGUAUCAGAAUAUUUCUACAAGUUUCUGUUUAAAACUGCUUAGUUGUUUUGUUUUUUUUUAAAAUAGAUUUGGUUUUUAGUUAUAGCUUUUAAGUAAAAUUUAAAAAUAUUUUUCAAGAAACUUAACAUCCAGUGGUUUGUAAAUUUAAGGUGCAAAAAGUUGAUUUAAACUAUUUGCAGAGUUGAAGUCGAUGAGAAUAAAAUUCCAUAGUAUGAGGAAGAAAUAUGAAAACUUGUAUAAUGUUGAUCAUAAUAUUGCUAUAAAUAUAAUAAAGGGUUAUGUAGACUUGAACUGACACUAUUACUUGUGAAUCUUGCUUUCAGUUUUUUAUUUAGGCACUUUAUACAGUGGUUUCAUGGGGUUUCCCACCAAAAGAGAAAGUAGAAAACUAUUCUGAUAAUGGAUUGUCUUGAUUUAUCUUGCUUUUUUAAAAAUAUCUUUUCAAUUUGUUUUACUUAAUCUUGCCUAGUCACAAAAUGUGCUGUACCCAUGACUUGGGGGUAGCUGUAUUAGCUGAGCAGUGAGGCAUGCUAUUUCCAAACUGGGCAAAUCUGCAAUAGUUUUGAAAAUGAGCCAAUCAGAUUAUUUUACUUAAUGGUUCUAAUCAGCAUGCAAAUAUUACUUGAAAGUUAUUCCCUUAUCAUUCACUGUUCUGUCCAUUUUGUUAAUUCCUAAAACUUGCUCAGAAGAAUUAAAAGUGAACAUUUGGUGCUGAUAUUUAAAAACCUAUAUGUAUAGCCAUUUAAAAAGUAACAUGUUUUUCUCCCCUGAUCAUUGCUUGGGAGAAUGGAAUUUUAUAUAAUCUACCUUUUUUUUUUUUUUGCAAAAUUAACAGUAUUGUUGAGUUGCUGGAGAUUUUGGCACUCUAUCAUUCACUGGUAUCUAGUAUAGGCUUAGAAAUAAUAGUCUAAAGAAACAGGAUUGAGUAGAAAAUGUUAGGUCAAUUUCAGGUACUUAACAGGUAGUAUUUUUCCUAUUGCAGUGGAAUUUAGCAGUUCUCUAUCUGGAUCCAGACACAACUAUCAUAGUUUAUCUUACAGCGGGUAAAAGUGGCCUCCUUUUGGGUGGGUGGGUAGGUAGGGAUUGCUAGUAAAAUAUAUACUGUGAUGUUUGUUAAUGCGUGCAUUAGAUUGCACUGGAUUUCUGUUUUUGAAUUGCAAAUGGUAUUGUUAGGUUAUUUCCAAUUUUACUUUAUGAGAAAAUAUCUAGAGUAAGCCUAUUUAAUUUUCCAUGGAUUCUAUGAAAGUUUAAUGGGAUCAGAAAUUAGUGACUUGGAAGAGGAAAAACAUUCUACCAUAUUUUUAUAAUUAUUCAUCUGUUUCUUAUCUAAAGAACAUGCUUAAAUUCUUUAAGAUACUUAGCAAAAUUUCUGUAGGUUUACUAAAAUGUUCAUGCGCAUGGUCUUUGAGUUACAGGAAAGACUGUGUUGCAGCUAUGUAAUAGUUCUGUCCUCUAGCACAGUUACAUGUAAGAGAAAAUCCUCUGUUGUCUGCUCUUACAAAGGGCAUGGUUUAAGCUCUCUACCCUCCAACCUAAUAUUUAUACACAGGGAUUCCUUACCAAGUUAAUGCCAUUUAACUCUCCUCUCUUCUACAGUUGAGAGAAAAUAAGAGUUGGUCUCUUUCUUACCAAAGAGAGACCAGUGAUAGAAAAGGAUCAUGUUGGUGAAUCUUUGAUGUUGUAGUUUCUUAUUACUGAUAGGAAGCUUACGAGAAUCUCUGAGCUGUAACAUUUUGAGAAGUUAUUGAUUAAAGAACUAACCCAGCAAAAAGCCCUGACCCAAAAGAAUGCUUUUAUUUGGCUUAGAAUGUUUUUGGCUUUUCUGCUAAAGUUGGCAGAAAUUACUGUACGCUGACCUGGUUUUUCUUUAUUGCAGACCAUUCUAUGGGCUUACCCUGAGACUUUUAUCCCAGUUAAAGAAUCUUGGAGGAAAUACUUGAUUAUGACUUGUAUAUUUUCCACCUAACUUUUAAUAUUCUUGAGUACUUGAAAAUAUUUUUAAGAAAUUUUAAUCAUUAUCAAACUUUGAUUUAUUAGAGAUAUUCUGUAUUCAUUUGUCUCCAUGGUGGCCUAAGUUCUGAAAAAUGAUAUGGCCAUGAUAAUAAUUUAUCAUUAUUAUUAUUCAAAAUAAGAGCAAAUAAGUCUGUAUUGCCAAAGUGACUUAAACUAUUCUGAUGACCACAGCAGUGUGAUUACUUAAGCAGAGAAAGUGGUUUUUAAAAAUACAUAGUACCACUUAAAGGUUUUUUUUGUUAUUUUACUCUUCUAUUACAUAUCAUUGGAAAGCCUAGUUACAGUAAAUUCAGUGCAGAUACUAGUGAAGAUCCUCGUAUAAGUUGAAGGAAACAUGGCUGUAAAAACUCUAAAGUGCUUGACCUUCACUUUUCACAUGCAUGUUUUAGAAUAGAUGUUAGGGAGUGUUUAAUUCAUUAUCCUUUCGGCUUUUUAAAUUUUGUUGUCAACUUUCUAGGACUUAGAUAAUAUACAAAUGCAAAUCCCAGGGGAAGUGUUGUGAUGGUAGACUAAAAGGUGGGAAUGUGCUGCUGUUCAGAGUGAGCCUUGUUCCAUUGUUGAAAAUUCAAUGCCUCAGUGUUUUUUCAGUACCACCUCAUAGAGCUUCAAUGUAAAUGGAUUGUAUGUAUAAUUGGUAAUUUGUAUAGUUUUGUAGAUCUAUAGAUAUAAUGCCCUCAUUCAUUUUCACAUGUAAUUGUGCUUGGAGUAUUUGUUUUAUCCUUUUACUUCAACAGGCUCUUGUAUAUCUCUGGUAAUUUGAAAUAUCAGGAAAUACAGUUUGUCAGAAAUGAGAAUAAUAUAGUUGAAAUCAGCUCGGCUGAAAUAUUCUAUAGCAAGACAAUUUCUUUUGGGUGAACUGACUCCAUAAUGUAGUUAACUUUAUGUUAGGAUUAGGUUUAUUGUGGAGCUGAUUUCCAGAUCAGACUGUCACUUUAUAGUUUUUCUACAUAAAGAUUAUAUAGUUGCAAACAAAGGCUGUGGAAUUUCCCUUUUGUUGUUGUUUUUUUUUUGACUUUUAAUUACCUUAAUAAAAGUACAUUGUUUUCAUAGCAAA